AUGUACUUGUUAACAGAAAAGAAAAUUACAUUAAAUGAUAACUACCCAAGCACAAACAACCCUUCCGUCCCUAUCAUAUCACCGUCCUCACUGCCCCUGAGAGUCAAUUCCUGGCAGCAGUUGCAUUCUAUGACACCUUAUCCUCGCAUUAUGUCUGCACCAGUAAAUAUUAUUGUAGGUUCUCAUGUCUGGAUUGAAGAUCCAGAACAAGCAUGGAUUGAUGGAGAAGUUUCUAAAAUCAAUGGUGAAGAAGUCCAUGUUCGCAGCACAGCUGGGAAAACAGUUGCAAAAAACAUCUCAAAGGUUCUUCCCAAGGAUAAUGAAGCCCCUCCUGGAGGUGUAGAUGACAUGACAAAAUUGUCUUACUUGCAUGAACCUGGUGUUCUGCACAAUUUGGCAGCUAGAUAUGAACUCAAUGAAAUCUAUACAUAUACUGGAAAUAUCCUGAUUGCAAUAAAUCCUUUUCAAAGGUUACCACACCUAUAUGAUACUCACAUGAUGGAACAAUACAAAGGAGCUCUAUUUGGAGAAUUGAGUCCCCAUGUUUUUGCAGUUGCAGAUGUUGCAUACAGGGCAAUGAUUAAUGAGGGGAAAAGCAACUCAAUCCUGGUUAGUGGUGAGAGUGGGGCUGGAAAGACAGAGACAACAAAAAUGCUUAUGCGGUAUCUUGCAUAUCUUGGGGGUCGAUCUGGAGUAGAAGGGCGAACAGUUGAACAACAAGUUUUAGAAUCGAAUCCAGUUCUUGAAGCAUUUGGCAAUGCCAAAACUGUUAGAAACAACAACUCAAGUCGUUUUGGUAAAUUUGUUGAGAUACAAUUUGACAACAAGGGAAGAAUCUCGGGGGCAGCUAUACGAACAUAUUUGCUUGAAAGGUCCCGUGUCUGUCAAAUUUCAGAUCCUGAAAGAAAUUACCAUUGCUUUUACCUUCUCUGUGCAGCCCCAGCUGAGGUAAACUCGUUUCAUUACUUAAAUCAAUCCAACUGCUAUGCUCUGGAUGGAGUGGAUGAUGCUGAGGAAUAUCUUGCAACUCGAAGGGCAAUGGAUGUUGUCGGAAUAACAAUUUUGCAUCUUGGAAACAUUGAAUUUGCGAAAGGAGAGGAGAUUGACUCUUCUGUCAUUAAGGAUGAGAAGUCUAGGUUCCAUCUUAAUGUUACCGCUGAACUUCUUAAGUGUGAUUGUAAGAGCUUGGAAGAUGCGCUGAUCAAGCGUGUAAUGGUAACGCCGGAGGAGGUUAUUACAAGAACCCUUGAUCCUGUUGCAGCUCUUGGUAGCAGGGAUGCAUUAGCUAAAACUGUUUAUUCCCGUUUGUUUGAUUGGCUAGUUGAGAAGAUUAACAAUUCAAUUGGACAAGAUCCAAAUUCAAAAUCUAUUAUUGGAGUUCUUGAUAUCUAUGGGUUUGAAAGUUUUAAGUUCAAUAGUUUUGAGCAGUUCUGUAUUAAUUUUACAAAUGAGAAGCUGCAACAACAUUUUAAUCAGCACGUCUUUAAAAUGGAACAAGAAGAAUACACAAAAGAAGAGAUUAAUUGGAGUUACAUAGAAUUUGUUGACAACCAAGAUGUUUUGGAUCUAAUAGAGAAGGUAGUGAUGAUUUUAAUAUUCAAUCUUUUGCAGAAACCUGGAGGAAUAAUUGCACUUCUUGAUGAAGCCUGUAUGUUUCCAAAGUCUACACAUGAAACAUUUGCUCAGAAAUUGUACCAGACAUUCAAAAACAACAAGCGCUUCAUCAAACCUAAACUUUCUCGGACUAGUUUUACCAUAUCCCAUUAUGCGGGGGAGGUGACAUAUCUAGCUGAUAUGUUUCUUGACAAAAACAAGGAUUAUGUGGUGGCAGAACAUCAGGACUUGCUCAUAGCCUCAAAAUGCUCAUUUGUGGCUGGUCUGUUCCCCCCUUCUCCAGAGGAGUCUUCAAAAUCAUCAAAGUUCUCAUCAAUAGGAUCUCGCUUCAAGCUACAACUUCAAUCUUUGAUGGAGACCCUGAAUUCAACAGAACCUCACUAUAUCCGAUGUGUGAAGCCAAAUAAUGUUCUCAAGCCUGCUAUUUUUGAAAAUGUCAACAUUAUCCAACAAUUGCGCUGUGGUGGUGUUCUUGAGGCAAUUAGAAUCAGCUGUGCUGGAUAUCCUACCAGACGAACCUUCUAUGAAUUUCUAAACCGGUUUGGUGUUCUUGCCCCUGAAGUUCUCGACGGAAACUAUGAUGACAAGGUUGCAUGCCAAAUGAUCCUUGACAAAAUGGGUAUGAAAGGCUAUCAGAUAGGAAAGACAAAGGUUUUCCUAAGAGCUGGCCAGAUGGCUGAACUGGAUGCAAGAAGAGCAGAGGUUCUUGGAAAUGCUGCUAGAGUCAUACAGAGGCAAAUACGAACCCAUAUUGCACGCAAGGAAUUCAUUGAAUUGCGCCGAGCUGCAAUUUGUCUGCAAUCUAAUUUGCGAGGAAUAUUGUCCCGGAAACUUUAUGAGCAGUUGCGGCGAGAAGCAGCAGCUGUAAAAAUACAAAAGAACUUUAAAGGAUACAUUUCCAGGAAUUCAUACUUAAAAGCACGAUCAUCUGCAAUUGUAUUACAGACAGGUUUAAGGGCUAUGAAAGCUCGUGAUGAAUUUAGAUUUAGAAAGCAAACAAAAGCUGCAAUUUACGUCCAGGCUUAUUUGCGUCGGCUUAUUGCAUAUUCAUAUUAUAAACGAUUGCAAAAGGCUUCCAUUGCUACUCAAUGUGGAUGGAGGAGAAGGGUUGCUAGAAAGGAACUCCGAAUGCUUAAAAUGGCUGCAAGAGAAACAGGCGCUCUCAAAGAAGCUAAGGACAAACUAGAAAAACGUGUUGAAGAACUUACUUGGCGUUUGCAAAUCGAGAAGCGAUUGAGAACUGAUUUGGAAGAAGAAAAGGCACAAGAAAUUGCCAAGUUACAGGAUGCUUUACAUGCAAUGCAAAUACAAAUAGAAGAAGCAAAUGCCAGGGUCAUCAAAGAGCGUGAGGCAGCAAGAAAGGCCAUCGAAGAAGCACCUCCAGUUAUUAAGGAGACUCCUGUUUUAAUUCAGGAUACCGAAAAGAUUAAUUCUUUAUUGGCUGAAGUCAAUAGUUUGAAGGAAGCACUGCUUUUGGAAAAAGAGGCUAAAGAAGAGGCAAGAAAAGCUCAGGCUGAGACUGAAGCUAGAAAUAAAGAGAUGGUUAAAAAAGUUGAAGAUUCUGACCGCAAAGUGUAUCAACUUCAAGAAUUGGUUCAGAGAUUGGAGGAAAAAAUUUCCAAUGCAGAGUCAGAAAAUCAAGUUCUUCGCCAGCAAGCACUGGCUGUAUCACCUACUGGAAAAGCUCUGUCUGCAAGACCAAGGACAGUUAUUAUUCAGAGGACACCUGAAAAUGGAAGUGCUCUAAAUGGUGAAGCAAAAAUUGAAUCGGAUAUGACUCUUGCUGUAUCCAAUGUGCGUGAGCCUGAAUCUGAGGGAAAACCACAAAAAUCUCUCAAUGAGAAGCAGCAAGAAAACCAAGACUUAUUGAUCAAGUGCAUAUCUCAAGAUUUGGGAUUUUCUGGGGGCAAACCUGUGGCUGCAUGUGUCAUAUAUAAAUGCCUUCUUCACUGGAGGUCAUUUGAAGUUGAAAGGACAAGUGUAUUUGAUCGAAUCAUUCAAACAAUAGCUUCAGCUGUUGAGGCCCAGGAUAAUACUGAUGUAUUGGCCUAUUGGUUGUCUAAUACAUCUACUUUGUUGUUGCUACUCCAACGCACUCUAAAAGCAACAGGAGCUGCUAGCUUAACACCACAGCGGCGGAGAACAGCAUCAUCCUCUCUGUUUGGAAGAAUGUCUCAAGGGCUUAGGGCAUCUCCCCAAAGUGCUGCAUUGUCAUUUCUAAAUGGUCGAGGUCUUAAUAGACUUGAUGAUUUACGACAAGUAGAAGCAAAAUAUCCAGCACUGCUGUUUAAGCAGCAGCUUACUGCCUUCCUUGAAAAAAUAUAUGGAAUGAUAAGAGACAACCUAAAAAAGGAGAUAUCUCCAUUACUUGGACUGUGUAUUCAGGCUCCAAGAACCUCACGGCAAAGUUUAGUUAAAGGACGCUCACAUGCAAAUGCAGUUGCUCAGCAAGCUUUAAUUGCUCACUGGCAAAGUAUUGUAAAAAGCUUAAACAAUUGUCUGAAGAUAAUGAAAGCAAACUAUGCGCCUCCUUUUUUGGUCCGAAAAGUGUUCACCCAAAUAUUCUCAUUCAUCAAUGUUCAAUUAUUCAAUAGUCUUUUGUUGCGUCGGGAGUGUUGUUCGUUUAGCAAUGGGGAGUAUGUAAAAACAGGUCUUGCUGAAUUAGAGCACUGGUGUGUUGAGGCGACAGAGGAGUACACUGGCUCUGCUUGGGAUGAACUGAAACAUAUCAGGCAGGCUGUUGGAUUCCUGGUGAUACAUCAAAAACCCAAAAAGUCCCUGAAUGAAAUUACGAAGGAGCUUUGCCCUGUUCUCAGUAUACAACAGUUAUACAGGAUAAGUACAAUGUACUGGGAUGACAAAUAUGGCACUCACAGUGUGUCUUCAGACGUUAUUACAAACAUGAGAGCUAUGAUGUCCGAGGACUCUAAUAAUGCUGUCAGCACUUCUUUCCUAUUAGAUGAUGACUCCAGCAUUCCGUUUUCGGUGGAUGACAUUUCCAAAUCAAUGCAACAAGUAGAAGUAGCGGACGUGGAUCCUCCUCCACUUAUACGUAAAGGCUGGUGGCCAGGCAUUCUGUCACACCUGCCAAGAGCUACUUGGAGGACAACUGUUAUGUUGAAUAUCAAAGAAGAUUUCACCUUGAAACGAAAAUUUCGUAAACACUUAUUAAAGGUAUUUGAUAUUGGUUGGUACUUGAAGCAUAUCAUAUAUGGGAAGUAUGAAGAUGGAAAUGAAGCAAUGCACAACUAA